AUGGCCGACGCAGCACCCCGAGGCGGCGGCUUCGGUAGCCGUGGCGACCGUGGCCGAGGCGGCGACCGCGGACGCGGACGUGGACGCGGCCGUGGCCGACGCGGCGGGAAGAGCGAGGAGAAGGAAUGGCAGCCGGUGACGAAGCUGGGCCGGUUGGUGAAGGCGCAGAAGAUCAAGAGCAUCGAGGAGAUCUAUCUGCACAGCUUGCCGAUCAAAGAGUAUCAGAUCGUGGAUCAGUUCCUGCCGAAGUUGAAGGAUGAGGUGAUGAAGAUCAAACCCGUCCAGAAGCAAACCCGUGCCGGUCAGCGAACGCGAUUCAAGGCCAUCGUCGUCAUCGGCGACGCCGAGGGCCACGUCGGUCUCGGAAUCAAGACCUCAAAGGAAGUCGCUACCGCUAUCCGUGCCGCCAUCAUCAUUGCGAAGCUGAGCGUCGUCCCCAUCCGCCGCGGCUACUGGGGCACCAACCUCGGAGAGCCUCACUCGCUCCCGACCAAGGAGAGCGGAAAGUGUGGCAGUGUGUCCGUCAGGCUCAUCCCCGCGCCCCGCGGUACCGGCCUCGUCGCAUCCCCCGCCGUCAAGCGCUUCCUCCAACUUGCCGGUGUCCAGGACGCCUACACCGCGUCGUCCGGCUCAACCAAGACGCUCGAGAACACCCUCAAGGCCACCUUCAUGGCCGUCAGCAACACCUACGGCUUCCUUACGCCCAAUCUGUGGAAGGAGACCAAGCUCCUCCGGAGUCCGUUGGAGGAGUACAGCGACGUGUUGAGCCGGGAGAAGCUGCGAUACUAG